AUGGACUCCACGAGAUCUGAUAAAACGGGAAAACAUCCUAUUUCGUCUUAUCCAAGUUCUAGAAGGUCACAGACUGAAGGAUUUCCAAGCAGGGUACUGAUGAUCUGUUAUCCUUCUUCAGUCAUUAUUGAUGAACACAAAUUACAUGAACAAGUUAUAUUAUUUGGGGAGAUAGAGGGCAUACAGAGUUUUCCAUUGGAGAAUUACUCCUUGGUUAAAUUUAGGAGCAUCGAAGAGGCGCGACGUGCUAGGAAUGGAUUAUGUGGAAAACUUUUCAAUAAUCCUAAAAUAAUUAUCAUGUACUCAAAUAAUGAUAACCUUCCUCUUCCUCUUCCUCCUCCUCUUAUUACUACUCCUACUCCUACUUCUACUCCUACUCCUACUCCUACUCCUACUCCUACUCCUACUCCUUCAAGUUCAAAUACUUCCAACAGGAGAAGAUUGUCACUUGCAUCUUCAGAACCAAUCAGUUUGAAACGUCCAAAUGGACAUCAACAUCAACAUCGUAUAUUAGUGUAUAGAUCUAGAAAAACAUCUGAUUUUGAUGGAUCUAUAUGGCGUGGUGUUAUUUCCAAAGGUGGUUCUCCAGUUUGUCAUGCUCGUUGUGUCCCUUUUGGUAAAGGGAUCUUAUCUAAUGUUCCGGAGGUGAUAAACUGUUCAGAGAGAAUUGGGCUUGAGAAUUUGACAAAAUACUAUGUAAAUGCUGUUGGGUCUGAUGUGGUCUUCUUGUUACCAAAUUCUGGUGAAGAUUCUCAAUCAUACUCAAAUUUUCUGCAUUAUCUGGGGGAUAAAAACAGGGCUGGAAUAGCCAAACUCAAUGAUAAAACUACGUUGUUUUUGGUACCACCGUCUGAUUUUCUCACAAAAGUUUUAAACAUGGUCGGUCCUAAACGAUGUAUCUAUGGGGUGGUACUUAAGUUUCCUCAAUUUUCUAAAACAAUUCCACCCAAUCAAUAUAUCAACAAUGGACAUCAAUUGUUCAAUAGUGCAGAAAGCUCUAAAACUACAUCCACUCCAAUAGUAGGAGGGAAUGUGCAAACUAUCUCUAAGAUUUCGCCACAUACUCAUCCUCCAAUUUCUCUUCCAAUCCCCCAACCACCUCCUUUCUUUCCCACUCCGAUACCCGAGCAGCAUCAAAGUUAUUAUCAGGGUGGACAUCCUUCUCAAGUUGACCAGACUCAAAGAUUUCAUGGAAUUCCUCAUAAUGAACACAAGGAAUAUGGUGUAGAAGAGGGGAAAAAUGGACAAUCUCUCCAUCAAAAAACUAGAGAUUCUGUUGCAUUCUCCAAUUCGGUUAAUCAACCUCACAAUGUUGUGUCAUCAUCUGCUGUAAAUGUCACACCUGAGGUCCCAAAUCAGGUUCAACCUUCACCCCGUGGGGUAAGUCAAGAGACCCUUCAGAUUGCAACUAGGAUACAACAACAAGAGUCGGGCACUCAAACUGGGCAAGUCCCUCCUAGUAACUGA